UUAUUUUUUUUCGAAAUUGAAAGCUAUGGUUCCGCGGAAAUGUGACCAACUUAGUCAUAAGGAUUCCGUUAGUUAUAAACUUUUGAUCAAGCGAGCAAGUCGAGCGUGGCUUUUAAAAAAAUCUAUAAAAAAGAAGAUGUGCGACUACCAGAGAGACUACUCCUUUGUGUUCGAGGACAGUUCCUGCGAGGGCGACGUCUCCAUGACCGCCCACGACAACGGAUUCGAGAGCCUGUGGCAGCAGGUGGGCGAGGAGCUGCGACGGGAGCGGGAAAUGGACGAACUCGGCCAGCUUUUCCAGCAAAACCUGAGCCUGAGCCCAACAGUUAUAGGAAAUCCAUGGAUGUUUUAAGUGGAAACAUCUUCCCACAGCCAACUCAUUGUGAUAUUUGUAAAAUUUGAGACUUGGUCGCGAGACCUUUUAUCGAUCAUUUGCCAGACAAGUGAUAUUCGUUGCAGUAUUUUUAAAGAAAAAUGUUUUUAUUUUAUAUAUUAAUGCAGUCCCCAGAGUUAUUUUUGUAUACUUUGCCUAGUUUAUGAAGUUUUCCGUUUCAAUUGUUAUAAUUUCCGCGUUGUUGUGUCAUUUGAAGCAAACGAAUGUUUGUCCUAGAUCCUAGAAAUUGGCAAGAAAUUGCCUUCGAUAUCGUUAUACCCAGAUAAGUCUGUAAAAUCUAUACUCGAUCUAUAAAAUAUCCAAAAUAUUGUAUACAAGAACAUUGGAGGGGAAGCUCGAAGCCCCAAACAACUCUAUAUAAUAAAUAUUCUAUGUUCAAAGCUUUGUCGUUCGAAAGCAA